CGUCCAUCUGUUUUUCCUGAUGCAGCAAUACAGACAGUAGAUACACGGGAGACUCUCCCAUGUACAAAUACGCGUGAUACAUUUAUAAGAAGGAUACAGACGAUCGAUGAGAAGCAAAGAGGAGAGAGAAUAGGAAAGUAAACCAGCUGUGAAGGUGAGGAUGGAAGGGGACUGUUCCUCAAGCUCGGAAUCGCAGCAAGGAGAUAGAAACAGAGGCGGAGGGAAGGGAUCGCAGGGAGGGAAGCCGUACAGGGGCAUCAGGAUGAGGAAAUGGGGUAAAUGGGUGGCUGAGAUUAGAGAACCUAACAAGAGAACAAGGAUCUGGUUGGGUUCGUAUUCCACACCAGUGGCCGCGGCCAGGGCCUACGAUACGGCGGUUUUCUACCUCAGGGGGCCAUCUGCUCGGCUCAAUUUCCCGGAAUUCGCCUGCAAGGAUGAUCUGCUCCAUGACUUGUCAGCAGCUUCGAUAAGGAAGAGAGCAACGGAGGUAGGUGCUCGGGUCGAUGCCGUUGAGAGAGGCCUACACACUGCUGCGAGAUUCUCUUCUUGCCGGGCUUCCAAGAAUCCCGAUCUCAACGAGACACCCAAACCUGAAAGCUCAGAUGAGUACUACUACUGAGUAUUUCCGUCUCUCUCUCUGGGGAGUUGGUUCGAAUUGGGAAGGAUACAGUGCUUCCGCUGGGUUUUCGUCCGCGUUGCUAACGUGCGCUGGGGGAGGUGCGAUGAUCUCGUGCGUGAGUUCAGUUGUGGGAUGACGCGAGCAGAUGGUUGGAAUCAAUUCGGAUGGUGUUUUCUGCUGAGAUCUAAUGCGCAAAUUCGAUUUCAACGUCUUCCCGUUCUUAGCUGUUCUCUCUCUUUUAUCUUUUAUUUUCUUUUGUAGGUUUUUUUUAUUUAUUUAAAAUGAUAGAAAAUGAGAAGGGAAAUUAGAAAUACAAAUCUUUCUUUUUACA